AUGGUGCUGGCUUUGUUAACAACGGCCUGUUUGGCCUCCUUGACCCUAGCCUCUUUCGACGCCAAUCUCAACUAUCAGUCGCCGUCCCGAAGGCAUGCUGGUCUUGGUAUUGACGUGCCAAAAGUGGCGAAGCGAAGUCUCGUGAAGCGUGCAACUCCGUGGGAUCCAGCUCAACUCAACUUUACGCAUGGUGUGGCAUCGGGCGACCCAUAUCCCCACUCGGUCAUUCUUUGGACUCGUAUUGCACCAUCACUGGAGCACGAUAGGUCUAAUGUGACUGUGUCUGGCUACGUCGAUUUAUACAGCCAUGAGACAGAAAAGUACAUCAAAGCUUCGCCGAACCCCGUCUGUACUGAGUACCGCGUCGGAACGGACAGGAACUUUUCGAGUGUAGUCGACAGCGGUACAGCUUACACUACCUCAGAUAUCGACUUCACCAUCAAGGUCAGUGUUGAGGCGAAGAACUUGGAACCCUUUCAGACAUACUACUACCAAUUCACCGUGUGCGGUUCAAGCAACAAGAGUCCAGUAGGAAGAACAAAGACCAGCCCGAACGAGGACGACAGUGUGUCCAAAGUAGGUCUGGCUGUGUUCUCGUGCAGCAACUACCCGAAUGGAUACUUCAACGCUUAUGGUAAUGCGGCACGUAAAGAUGAUGUGGACUUCUUUGUCCAUCUCGGAGACUACAUAUAUGAGGGCGGGAAAGGAGUCGCUGGUAAAGAUUCACGCGCAACUGCUCCUCGCGGAGAGAUUUUCAGCCUGUAUGAUUACCGGACCCGUAUCGGCCAGUAUCGUACAGACCUGGACUUGCGUCUUGCCCAUCAGAACUUUGCUUGGAUCACAACAUGGGAUGAUCAUGAGGUGGCAAACAAUGGCUACAGAGAUGGCUUUAGCGGCAUGAAUAAUACUGAGGCUUCAUUCUUGAAGUUCGGCCGCAUCAGUGUCGACUCGCGGAAGAUGAACGCUGUACGUGCCUACUUUGAGUGGAUGCCUAUUCGUCAGGUCGACUUGGAUGACAAUCUCCGUAUCUGGAGGAACUUCAAGAUGGGCAAGCUCUUUGAUUUAGUCAUGCUGGACACUCGUAACUACGACCGUAGCAUUACCACACUUGACUGGAACGAUGAUUACAUUGCGGAGCUGAAGGACGAUGCUGGCCGUUCGCUUAUGGGGAGCCGCCAGGAGAACUGGUUUUAUCGAACUUUAUCCGAGUCAAGCGACCGGGGCGCUCAGUGGAGGGUCAUCGGUAACCAGAUCAUUUUCAGUAGCGUGAACCAAACCGUAUUAUACGGUGGAGAUGGCAUCAACGCAGACCAGUGGGAUGUAACUGGUGACUCCCAUGCAAACUGGGUGUCAGACCUCGUAUGGCUCGACAAGACUCCCUACGACCAAGCUACUGGUGCUGGCGCAAUCGGUGUCGAAUUUGCCGGUACUGCCGUAUCCUCAAGCGGUUAUGGAGCAGGUCGUAGCAUCGCCAAUGCCAGCACGCUUGCAGCCCGACUCGUUAGUGAUAACAGGGAGCUUCAAUGGACUGAAGGAUACUACCGCGGGUACUACGAACUUCACAUCUCUCCCGAAGAGCUGAAUGCUCGUUACUACGCUACCCGCAACCCUUUCGAAGUCAGUCUGGCGAACUUCACGGUCAAGGCUGGCGCCAACCACCUUGACCGAAACGUCGCGGGAGGUCGUGUCGAGAGCGGUGCACUUCAGAGAGGCGAGACUGUGCCGACGAAUUUGACUUUGAACACUGCGACAGGUGAAUGGAAUGUGACGGGCUUCGAGAAGAUGUUUGUGACUUAUCCAGCCGCAAACACGACAAGUGCCCCACUCCGCAUCAUGACGCGAGGUAUGGAGAAGAACCUUCAUAUCAACGACAACGCGCCUAUACCAGUGCCCAAUGACAACGAAAUCCUGGUUCAAGUCCACGCCAUGGCCCUCAACCCCGUCGACCACAAAAUCACAGAGAGCCCAGCACCGCUCCGACUCUUAGGCUCAGUCUUCACUCCGGGCUCAGAUUUCUCCGGCAAAGUUGCCGAGGUUGGGAAGAAUGCUGAAGGGUUUACCAAAGGCCAAUUUGUGUUUGGUGCAAAGAUGGGAGAGUACCUCAACGGCACCCUUGCGCAAUACGUUGUUGUGAAGAAAGAACUUGCUGCCGUCCUCCCCGAAGGCGUUGAUCCUCAAGUAGCCGCCACAGCAGGAAUCUGCGGAUUGACUGAGUACCAAGCCAUCGCACCAAACGUCAAGGCCGGAGACAAAGUCUUCAUCAACGGUGGAUCAGGCGGUACAGGCAGUUUCGGUGUGCAGAUCGCAAAGGCUUUGGGCUGCCAUGUCACAACAACAUGCUCAGCAGCCAACGUUGAGCUAUGCCAGAGCCUCGGCGCAGACGAAGUCAUCGACUACAAGUCGACCAACAUCGUUCAAUCUCUCUCCUCCAAAGGCCCGAUUUUCAAGCACGUCGUCGACAACAUCGGCACACCAGCAAAUCUCUACAAAGCCUCGAACGCGUUCAUCUCACCGGGCGGAGGAUUUUCCCAAAUCGGCGCGACUCCCUCGCUUGGAAGCGCUCUGCAAAUUGGAAGCAAUAUGCUGCGGCCUGGGUUCUUGGGCGGUGGAAAGGCAAAGUAUCAGUUGCUCAUGACGCAAGCAUCAAAGCCAAAUCUCGAGCAGUUGGGUCAGUGGAUGCAGGAGGGCAAGCUCAAGCCUGUGGUGGAUAGUAUAUUUGAGUGGGAGGAUGCGCCGAAGGCGUAUGAGAAGCUAAAGAGCGGAAGGGCAAAGGGAAAGAUCGUCGUCAAGGUGCCGCAAGACAAGGAGUGA